AUGGCGCAAAUCAGAGGCACCGCGGGCUACCACCUCGGUAACCAGAACAUGUCCUCGUCCUUUGGCGGUCAGCCCAGCUCGUCUGCCACCAACGACCCAUCACCCCUCGACGCCAUCCGCGAGCAGACGAGCAAGCUCGAGGACCUCCUAGACACCUACUCCGACCCCAUCAAGCCGUACCUCCCCGCGAUUGGGAGGUUCUUGAUCGUGGUCACAUUUUUGGAAGAUGCUCUGCGAAUCCUCACGCAGUGGGGCGAUCAGUUGGAAUAUCUAUACCAGUACAGAUACAUGCCCUGGGGACUCAACCAUCUCUUCCUGAUCGUCAACGUCGUCGCAAUGACCGCUAGCAGCAUCCUCGUCAUUGCCCGCAAGCAUAGCGAAUGGGCAGUCGGUGGCUUGAUCAGCGUGGUCAUCACGCAAGCGCUGGGCUACGGCCUCAUUUUCGACCUCAACUUCUUCCUGCGAAAUCUCUCCGUUAUGGGCGGCCUGAUCAUGGUUCUGUCUGACAGCUGGGUGCGCAAGAAGUUCGCCCCAGCAGGUCUCCCACAGCUCGACGAGAAGGACCGCAAGAUGUACUUCCAACUUGCUGGCCGUGUCCUUCUCAUCUUCUUGUUCGUUGGCUUCGUCUUCGCUGGCGAGUGGAGCUUCUGGCGGGUGCUUGUGAUUCUGGUCGGCGCUGUGGCUUGUGUCAUGGUUGCGGUUGGAUUCAAGGCGAAGUGGAGUGCCAUCGUGCUUGUCAUGAUUCUGAGCAUUUUCAACAUUCUUGUCAACAACUUCUGGACGCUGCACCCACACCACCCACACAAGGACUUCGCCAAGUACGACUUCUUCCAAAUCCUGUCGAUUGUUGGCGGUCUGCUACUAUUGGUGAACAUGGGACCAGGACAGGUCAGCUUCGACGAGAAGAAGAAGGUCUACUAG